AGUUUUGGCCUUUCGGGGCAGCACUGUCCCCGCCGCGCACGCGCACUAGAGUCAGUCCCAGCUCUCCCAACCUCCACCCGAAACCUCGCCAUGGCCGCGCCGUGCGGCCGCGGCGCGCUGCGGCUCGUGCUCAUCGCCGUCUCCGCGGCCUUCCUCACCUACAACGUGCUCCUCUCCUCCCGCUCCCUCCUGCCCCUCCCCACCGCCUCCUUCCCGGCCGCCACCACCGCCUCCUCCUCCUCGUCCCGCCGCCUCGCCGCCGGCGGCACCGGCGGGCGGAGGCUGUUCCACACCGCGGUGACCGCGUCGGGGUCCGUGUACAACACGUGGCAGUGCCGCGUCAUGUACCACUGGUUCAAGCAGGCGCGGCGGCAGGCGGGCGGCGCCGACAUGGGUGGCUUCACCAGGAUCCUGCACUCCGGGAAGCCCGACGAGUUCGUCCACGAGAUCCCCACCUUCGUCGCCGACCCGCUCCCCGACGGGGCGGAUCAGGGAUACAUUGUUCUUAAUAGGCCCUGGGCAUUUGUUCAAUGGCUCCAGAAGGCAGACAUUCCGGAAGAAUAUAUCUUGAUGGCAGAGCCAGAUCAUCUUAUUGUCAAACCAAUCCCAAACUUAUCAAGAGAUGGCCGGGCAGCAGCUUUCCCUUUCUUCUAUAUCGAGCCCAAAAAAUAUGAAAAGGUGCUGCGUAAAUUCUUCCCCGAAAAGGAAGGGCCGAUCACUAACAUUGACCCCAUAGGAAAUUCUCCUGUCAUCAUUGAGAAGGAAUCUCUUUCUAGGAUCGCACCGACAUGGAUGAAUAUUUCGUUAGCGAUGAAGAAAGAUCCCGAAGCAGAUAAAUCCUUUGGCUGGGUUCUUGAAAUGUAUGCGUAUGCUGUAUCAUCUGCUCUCCAUGGAGUGGGGAACAUCUUACACAAGGAUUUCAUGAUUCAGCCACCAUGGGACCUUGAAAUUGGCGAUUCAUUUAUUAUACAUUAUACUUAUGGGUGUGAUUAUGAUAUGAAGGGCAAAUUAACUUAUGGCAAAAUUGGAGAGUGGAGGUUUGACAAAAGAUCCUACGAGAAUAAACCUCCUCCUAGAAAUUUGCCAUUGCCUCCGUAUGGCGUACCUCAAAGUGUGGUGACACUUGUGAAAAUGGUUAAUGAAGCAACGGCCAGCAUACCCAACUGGGAAUCUUACGCAGCCGAGUGACCUUGUACAAUCUGAUACUCCCUCCGUCCCAAAAUAAGUGCCUCAACUUUGUACCAGCUCUAGUACAAAUUUGUACUAAGCUCAAGACACUUAUUUUGGGACAGAGGGAAUACUUGUCAAGCCGAUUUUGUUUGCUCGAUCACCGGCCAAGCUUGGAUAAGUGGUUCAUACGAGUUUUAUCCAGGGCCCUGACUCCAAGCGUGUGUAUCCUGGCCUUGGAUUGCUGAAAUCCGAAAGCGAAACUAGUGCAAAAACAACGUGAUCUCUUUAGUUACAGUCACACAUAUAGUAUGCCUUAGGUGAGAAUUAUAACGGAAACGAGUGUGAGGUGUGUUGUGCUCUUCUUCUUGAUACUCAUUCCUGACUUGUGAGUUGUGACUUCAUCCCGAGUCCUUUCUGCUUUAGAAAAGUCGCGCGUACACUGUAUUUUAGGCAAGACAAUGGAAUCCUCUGUUUACUUGUUUUUUCAUUUGAACAGAAGCUGAAAUGCAUGAAUCGAGUAUUCAGCUUGAUGAGUAAAUAUGACUUUGGUUGUAUAAAAAGAAGUUGCCCUUGAAGAA